AUGGCGAGAGAGAAGAGUCAGGAGAUGGAGAAGCUAUCAUCUCAAAUCUGCAACCAAAUCUCCUCCGUCUUCUCUAAGACUACUGAUCCAUAUCCACCACCGUUAGACCUUCUCGUGACGGAGCUAGCCGGCGUCUCCCGCCGCAGCGCUCGUGUAUUCCUCCACGGUGUCGGUCGCGAAGGUCUCAUGCUAAAAGCCUUCGCGAUGCGUCUCUUCCACCUCGGUCUCUCCGCUCACCUCGUCUCCGAUGUGACCACACCUCCGAUCUAUUCCUCCGAUCUCCUCAUCGCCUCGGCCGGUCCCGGCGGAUUCUCCACCGUGGACGCGAUUUGCUCCGUCGCUAAAUCGUCCGGCGCUAAGGUUCUCCUUCUCACGGCUCAGCCGGAGACGGGGUCAUGUGUGAGACACGCGACGGCUGUGUGCUAUGUACCUGCACAGACCAUGGCGAGUGAUGGCGGCGGCGGCGGAGAUGCGACGGCGGCGAAGGAAGGGAGAGAGUUGUUGCCGAUGGGGAGUGUGUACGAAGGAGCGUUGUUUGUGUUGUUCGAGAUGGUUGUUUACAAAUUGGGUGAGGCUUUGGGUGAGUCUCCCGAGUCCGUUCGUUCUCGUCACACCAAUCUCGAGUGA